AUCGCAACGAAGCCAAGUAUACCCGCUGAUGUUUGGUUCACAAACGAUUCCUGUUUUCUGUCACAUGAAUAAUUCUGGAUGUGGGGAUGGAGGAUGGACGCUGGCCAUGAAGAUUGCCGGCACGCAGAGAACUUUCCAUUACGAUUCCCAAUUCUGGAGCAACAGAAAUGGUUAUAACUUUGCUGGAGGCAAGACUGGCUUUGACUCACAAGAGACCAAGCACGCCAACUCACUGUUCUCACUGAUCGCUGAUGGGAAAUACCGUGCCACCUCAUUGGGUCGUAACACGUGGAAGUGGCUGAUUGGUUCCCGGGCCUCCCUGCAGCGCAACUGCAGUAAGGAAGGAUUCAAUGCAGUGGGAAGCAACCCUCGUUAUUCCAAAGCAAGAAUCGGCAUCACUGCUAACCAGCAGAAUCACUGUGGUUCCUGUAACUCCCGAAUUGGUUUUGGCACCGCAGGUCUAUUUAAUGAUUCUAACACUUGUGGAAAUGAGGCAACGUACUCGCCAGAUAAUGGACACAAGCACAUCAAAGCCAUGGGUUACAUCCUGGUACAGUGA